AUGAAUCCCUUUCGGGUCGGUGACAGAGUCUGGUACUGGGACGGCGCGUCCCGCACGGUCUACGGAACCGUGACUGCCAUCGAGCGCCUUGCCGAUGGCACGCAGGUCCUCGUCAUCACAAGAGAUCACGGUGGCCAGAUGAGCCUCCCGGCCGACACGGUCACAAAAAUCACCUGA